UUGACAGUCACGAAUUGUUGCGAACUUCGAUUUAGUUUGCUCAAUCUAUUUUGAACAAGUUAAAUAUUAUUGGGAAGGAAUAACAAGUUCAAUUUAUUAUUUUUUUGUAUUUAUCGAUUGUUUCUUUAUUGCGAUUAGAUUGUGGUGACUUCCAAUUCUAAAUGAAUAUGGAAUCGCUUCCCACUUCUGACGUGGUGAUCGUACACGGUAACUCGCAUCCAGAAUUGGCCAAUUUAAUAGCCGGUCGAUUGGGUGUGAAAAGUGGCGGUGCAUCCGUCUAUCACAAAACAAAUCGCGAGACAAUGGUUGAGAUUGGUGAUUCGAUACGUGGAAAAGACAUUUACAUCAUUCAAACGGGAACCAAGGAUGUCAACAACAAUAUCAUGGAACUGCUAAUCAUGGCCUAUGCAUGCAAAACAUCGUCGGCUCGUUCAAUUGUCGGAGUUAUUCCAUAUUUACCUUAUUCAAAGCAAUGCAAGAUGCGAAAGCGUGGAUGCAUUGUAUCGAAGUUAUUGGCAAAGAUGAUGUGCAAAUCCGGUCUUUCCCAUAUCAUAACAAUGGAUCUUCAUCAAAAGGAAAUUCAAGGAUUCUUUGAUUGUCCAGUUGAUAAUUUACGAGCUUCGCCUUUUCUGUUGCAGUAUAUUCAAGAAAGCAUUCCAGACUACCGUAACUCAGUAAUUGUUGCUAGAAACCCGGGUUCGGCUAAAAAGGCUACAUCCUAUGCGGAACGUCUCCGUUUGGGCAUAGCUGUUAUUCAUGGUGAACAAAAGGAGUCUGAAAGUGAUGAAGUUGACGGGAGAUAUUCACCACCGGCAUUGAAUAGUCGAUCGCGCACUAUGGACGUAUCAGUGGGAGUUCCCAUUCAUCCAGCUAAAGAGAAACCACCGAUUAAUGUAGUUGGUGAUGUAGGAGGGCGAAUCGCUAUUAUGGUGGAUGAUAUGAUUGACGAUGUUGCGUCGUUCGUUGCAGCCGCUGAGGUUCUUAAGGAUCGUGGUGCAUAUAAAAUCUAUGUUCUGGCAACACACGGACUUUUGAGCUCCGAUGCGCCACGAUUAAUCGAAGAUUCGGCUAUUGAUGAGGUGGUCGUCACUAAUACGGUACCGCAUGAAAUACAGAAAAUGCAAUGCCACAAAAUAAAAACGGUCGACAUUUCGGUGUUGAUAUCGGAAGCUAUACGAAGGAUUCACAACAAAGAGUCAAUGUCGUAUCUGUUUCGAAAUGUUACGUUGGAGGAUUGAAGAGAUGGAAAGAGAGAAUUUUUUCCCCCUUUUUUGGAUCGUGUUCGAGAUUUAUUAUUAUUAUACAAAACAAAACAAAAAAUCAACACACACACACUGCACAUAAAAUGUAACUUCUUGUUUUGUUAAAACAAAGAAAGAAUUUCUUCGAUAUUUUCUAUCGGUUCAAAACAAAAUAAUGGACCGCCGACAGAAAGGUCUGAAUCAAAAUUUCUGCCAUACUUUCCUUAUUGUAAACUAAAAAGUAAAUAAAAAUGAAAAUUAUUAGAU